UGGGAGUUGAUCAGUUUCUAGCACAAACCAAUUUAGUAACUAGAAAUAUUAUUGUAUUAUGUUUUUUUGAUAAAGAUGAGAUAAAAAUGCUUCUUAAUCAAUAUAGCGAUCAAUAUAGUGUUAAUCUUGAUAUAAAUAAAAUUGCUGAAGACAUUUUCGAAUAUACCAAUGGCCACAAAGGCCUUGUUGGCACUUGUUGUAAAGCGAUUGAAACCGAA